CUCGCGAGAGCGGGGGGUUUAUGUCGAAUGAUGUUUUGGAGAUGGAGUCCACGGAAGUGUUUUGUGAUGAAGUGAUUCGCUUAGAACCGUGCUUCAAUACGCUCACGUAAUUCGUUUGCUAUACUAUCGACUCGUCAUAGAUUUGUAGAGGCGAAGCGCGUCUUGCCGUAAUGGCGAGAAAGAAGAAAGAGAAGCAGUUGUCCCAGAAGAGGAAGAAGCAGCACUUAGGGCUUCAUGUCUCCUCAGAGCUUAGCUUCGGUGAUCGCGACGAGAAUUUGGGCAACGCGGACGGAAUUAUUCCUCGAUGCAAGGAUAGUAUGGGCGUUGAUUGCUCGAAUAUGGAGAUGAUAUCAGGGCCGAAGAAGAAAAAGGAGAAACAGCUCUCUCAGUUGGAGCAAGAUAAGCAGGUGAAAUUGAGCAAGAACAUGCAGCGGAAGCUCCGCAGACUGCAGGAAGAGGAGGAGAAGAAGAAACUUCGGGUCCAAGUCAUGGAGACUUUACAGAAACAUAAACUGGCGGAUGAUAAAUUUGGUCUGCUUCAUUCCUCUGGAACGCUUGGGCAGGAGGAAACAAUGAAAGAGAAGCUUCAGCGAGCAAUGAAUUACAAGCGAGCGGGGCUUCCGGUACCUUCGGGUAUCCCAUUGUUUCGAGAAAGACCUGGUGAUCAGCAUAUUGACCAGGUCCUUAUGGAGGAAGAAAAGUCUGAGCUAUUGAAAGGAGUAGCUUCAAAAAUUAGCAACAAAACUUCCCUAGCUAAUGCGCAAGCCAAUGAGGGAGUGUUCAAUUUAAGCAGCACUGUAGCAUCUAAGGGUUUGAAGAGGAAAAAAGAUGAUAGUUGUAUCGGAACAGUUAUGGUAGGAGACCAUAAUCAAAGUUUAGAUGUUAGUAUACCAUCUCGGAGGACUGAAACACACUGUGGUGGAGCCUCUAAUUCUAAGUGUCAGGACGAUCACGGCGAAGAGAUUCACAAGGGAAAUCUCGAAUUGACCCUGUCAGAAAUGCCUGGGAACGAGAUGGCCGCGUCUUUUCCAGAACUCGAGAGUGCAGAACGUGGAAACCCUGGAAAGAAGUGUAGGAAGAACCUUUCAUCAGAGAACGCUGCUCCAAUGCUCGAUGUUUCGAUGAGUACCUCCGUAGAGCCAAGUAUCUCAGCUUCUUGUGUAAAUAAUUCUGAUUCCUAUGAAAACCCCAAGAAGAAAAAGAAGAAAAAGCAGAAGAAGAAAAAGGAAGAGAAGCUUGUUGAAGCUUCCGGUUCAGUCGAUGAUGUAGAUAGAAUGGUAGAACUUGAAGAUUUUGAUAAAGCAGCAGUUUCUGGUGCGGAGUCUGAGGGUAUACUACCGAGUUUAAGACCUCAUGAUGUGUAUCUUAAAGAAUCUCUUAAUACUCAAGCCGAGAAAGCAGAUCUAAAGCUUCGAAAAGUAGCAGUCCCAAUAAGUCGACCAGAAGAUGUUGAGAGGGGGCGGGAAAAUUUGCCGAUAGUCAUGAUGGAGCAGGAAAUUGUAGAAGCCAUCAGUGAGAACGAUGUAGUAAUAGUAUGCGGUGAAACAGGUUGUGGUAAAACGACUCAGGUCCCCCAGUUUUUGUUUGAGGCUGGUUUUGGUUCAAGCCUAUGCCCGGAGAAGUCUGGGGUUAUAGGAGUCACUCAGCCCCGCCGGGUUGCUGUGCUCGCAACAGCCAGGCGUGUAGCAUACGAGAUGAAUGUUACAUUGGGACAAGAAGUUGGGUUUCAAGUACGCCACGACCGAAAGAUUGGAAUCAACAGCUGUAUCAAGUUUAUGACUGACGGAAUUCUUCUUCGAGAAAUCCAGGCUGAUUUUCUUCUCAAGAAGUAUUCUGUUGUAAUCCUGGAUGAGGCCCACGAAAGGAGUUUAAACACAGACAUUCUUAUCGGCAUGCUUUCACGCAUUUUGCCCCUCCGAAAGAAAAUGUACGAAGAGUACUGCCAAAAGAUGGAACAACUUGGAUCUAUUGGCAGCAUAACUACUUCAGAGGCUCCUGUAAUGCCACUGAAACUAGUGAUAAUGAGUGCAACUCUUCGAGUUGAAGAUUUCACAUCUAAUCGCAGAAUGUAUCCAAUUUCCCCUCCCGUUAUCCAGGUCCCAGCUCGACAAUUUCCAGUUACUGUGCAUUUUAGUGCGAAAACAGAGAUGAUUGAUUAUGUUGGCCGGGCACAGAAAAAAGUAUGUGCGAUACAUCGGAAGCUACCUCCGGGUGGCAUUCUUGUGUUCCUGACAGGACAGAGGGAGGUGGAAUAUCUGUGUCGUAAACUGCGCAGAGUAUUCAAACCAAAAAGCAACAAUGGACAGUCUAAGGGUGAACCAGAAGACUCUUCUCAGAGAACAGAUGUUCAAGGGCUGAACUUAGAGUCUAUUAGUAAGGCAAUGGAUGGUCAUCUAGACAGUUUCGAAGGGAACGAUGGCGGUGGCCUUGGUGGUAUUGCUGAAGUUAAUGAAGACGAUGAGGAAAAGGGUGAGAAUGGAAAUUUCUCGGAAAGCGACGAUAAAGAUUUCUCGGAUGAUCAUGAUGAAGACAGUAUAAGUGAUAGCGAUGAAGAAGAUGUUGUGAAUCUUCAGUCGUCACUAGACGCUGUGGAAGAUACCAGCAAAAAAGAUGCAGAUGUAGAUCAAACCAGAAUAAACUCAACAGAAAUUGGGAAUGAUAAUAUUCUGACAGCUAAGCUAGCUCAGAGUACUGACCCUGGACCUCUGUACGUGCUGCCUCUGUAUGCCAUGCUCCCAGCAGCCGCACAAUUGCGUGUAUUUGCACAAGUUCCUGAAGGAGCGCGACUUGUUGUUGUCGCAACCAAUGUAGCAGAGACGUCCAUUACUAUACCUGGAAUAAGGUAUGUGGUAGACACCGGCCGGUCCAAGGAAAGAGACUUUGAUCGAGCCAAUGGAAUGUCGAAGUAUGAGGUGCGGUGGAUUAGCAAAGCCUCAGCAAACCAACGUGCUGGUAGAGCUGGCCGUACUGGUCCAGGACAUUGCUAUCGGCUGUAUUCAUCUGCAGUAUUCAAUAACAUUUUCCCAAAAUUUUCACCGCCUGAGAUUAGCUCGGCACCUAUUGAAGGAGUAGUUCUUGUGAUGAAGCGCAUGGGGAUCUCUAAGGUUAUUAAUUUCCCAUUUCCUACUCCUCCAGAUAGGCAAGCCCUCUUGGAGGCCGACAGGUGCUUGCGAGCCCUCUCUGCUCUUGGUCCUGAUGGCAAUUUAACUCCGAUCGGUAAAGCUAUGGCGGUUUAUCCAAUUAGCCCUCGACAUGCAAGAAUGAUAUUAGCAGCUCUGCAUGCAUCUCAGGGUAUGGAUGGAAGAGGACAUAUUGUGGUCGCAUUUGCGGUUGCAGCAGCGGCUGCUUUGAGCCUAGAGAACCCAUUUCUUCGAGAAUCAGGCAUCGAAGUAGAGGACUUGGCGAUUGUCGGAGCUGAAAAGAACGGUAAUAAUCCAGCUGCGACGAAGGCCUCGGAAAAACAAAUAAAAUCUCAAGUUAAGGACGGUGAUUCUGAGCUCACAGAAGAGGAGAAGAAGAAAAGGAAGCAACGGCGAGCAGAAGCUGGAAGGGCUCAUGGAAAAUAUCGAAACACUAACAGUGAUGCGCUCAGUGUUGUCAAUGCACUUUGGGCCUAUGAAAAGGCUGAGAACAGGGAGCAAUUUUGUGAAAUCAACUAUCUCCAUGGGAAGACUAUGCAAGAGAUGUCAAAGUUACGUCAGCAAUUGUCUCAGCUAGUGUUGCAAUACAGUCUUGAUGCUGGUGCACAUGUGAAAGAACAGCAUGGCCUGAAAGACGAACCUGGGCUGACAAAGGAUUACCUCCUGGAAUGUGAAAAAGCUUGGCACUUGAAAGAUCAGCUAAAGUUGAAUGUUAAUCAAGAAAUGGUGAUUCAACAGGCGAUUUGUGCAGGUUGGUCUGAUAGGGUUGCCCACCGACUAAGUGCACGAGAACUUGCUUUGAUACCAGAAGAAGACGGAAAACGGAAAGCUGUCAGGUAUCAAGCAUGUGCAGUCGAAGAAACUGUAUUCCUCCACCCAGCAUCAGCGCUGGCCAAGGAGGCUCCUGAGUUCGUCGUGUACAACGAGAUCAUCUCAACAGGCCGACCUUACAUGUGGGGUGUGACAGCUGUCAAAGCGAAUUGGUUAGUGUCACACGCUACUCCACUUUGUACGUUUUCGAAACCAGUUGCCGAUCCACCUCCUUGGUACGACCCUUCAUUAGACACAGUAAUGUGUUGGGUAUUACCUACCUUUGGGCCGCAUCGUUGGGAGCUACCUCCCCAUCCUAUACCACUAAAUAAUAGCAAAGCAAGAGCUUCUGUGUUUGCAGCUGCUUUACUGGAAGGUAAAGUAAUUCCUUCCUUUCGUUCCUUGCUGCCCCAUUUAGCAGCGGAUCCAGCAAUAAUCAUAAAGCCAGAGUCACAUGGCCAAGUUAGAGUGGGAGAACUAUUGCACAAGCUUGGGACAGGGUUGGAGACAGUUGACUCACGAAAGAAGCUAGCUAAGGCAUGGCAAAGGGACCCAAUGUAUUUGUAUUCAGAGGUCCUUGCCUGGGUGCAAAAUAAGGCACAUGCUGAAUUUAAGCAGAUAUGGGAUCAAUGUCUAAAAGACGCUACGAUGGAUGGGACUACGUUUCAAAGUAAGAAAUCCAAGAAGCGAAAGACGUAAGCAUCGCGGUUAUACCUAUGGGUUGGACAUUGAGGUGUUGGUGGAGUACCUGGUGAGCUAGUUCUGCGUGGACUUCCAGAUCCUCGAUGGUAAAAGCUAGCGUGCUCAAGUCACAUUGCUGGCUCAAUGACGUUCGCUUCAAUUUGUCUUUCAGACAGUAUGCUGACAAUGAUAUGAAGUAACACUGGCUGCUAAUCGCUCAGUGCAUCUCACUCUGCAGCAAGGAACACCUUUGGCUUCGGAGAAACGGGGAAAAUAGGGCCAAGGUUGGCUAAGAUACGUACUGCAAUAAAGCUGAGGCUUAGCAACACUCACUAGGAAUUUAAGCGCAGUCGCAAUGCAAGUGAAUGUAUAUUAGUACUCUAUUCGUAUGUAUUCGAAGCAAUUGAACAGCUAUUAGAAUAAGUCCUCCAA